AUGGGAAGGACUAGCAUUUUCAGCCUUACCCGCUGCGUAGACGCCAUGAGCAGGAUCUGGGAUGACAUGCUGCCUCCCCUGGCUCUGCCCGGCUCCAUCCAGUCCUCUUCUGCAUCCUCCUGGCACAGUGCCCGGAAUGGCAGGAGCAAUGAGGGGGUGAAGUCAGAUCCUGGUGGCUUCAGUUUCGAGGAGAGAGCAAGCCGCUUGGGAGCCAUUCGCCAAGCUGAAAGAGAUGAAAUCGAAGCCAAGCGCAAAGCUUUGGCAAAGCAGGCCUCGGAGCUCUCGAAAGCUGCAGCUGCACUGGCAGGCGCAUACCGAGACCGGUGGCGUUCUCCACGAGUUGAGGGAGAUGCAGAUGCGUCUGCCAUUGCUAGUCUUCGCAAGGAGAUGCAGGACCUGCGUCGUGAAUGUUUGGAAGCUCGUGCUCCAAGCCCAACUGCGAAGGAAACUAUGUCUGCAGCAGAGACUGGCGCAGGAUCGGGCCACAGGCCAUCUGCUUCCUCUGGGUGGAGGCAGCCGUUUGCUGGAAAAGGCUUCUCUCGCGGUGCGGGAACCGGGUCAAGUCUCGGUCACCAGUACCCUCAACGCGUAGUCUUUGGCAGGUAUGCAAAGCAUCGAGCUUCGUAUAUCGCAAGCCACAAGGUGGCGGAGCGUGUGAGGAAAAUGGGAGCAGGUCGAGAGGAACCAGAGGAAGUUCAGCCAUCAGCAGGUGAUGAUGAUUGGCAAGAUGAAGACUGGUACGAAGAUGAAUGGUGGGAUGAUGAAGAUGGUGGAUGGGAUGAGGGGGAUGGAUGGGAUGAAGGAUGGUAA